AUGGAAGCCACUCAAGAAUCCACACAGCCUUGUGCGGAUCCUCGCCGGAUGGGUCUGAACAACUCCGGCCUUCAAGAACAAGAUCUUGCGGACAUCAUUUGUAUUUUGCAUCCUAACUCCCAUGCUGCACAUGAUGGAGUCGCGGCCACCGCAGCACUAGGCAGCCAACACAUUCUCCAGAAAGAUAUCUUGGACUAUGAGACAUCGGAAACGGCGGCCCUCGACGUGGCGCUGAGACUGUCCUCGGACGUUCAUGACAUCGGGGCGGGGUUCUGUUUCGGUCGAAACAAAGCACGCUGUGACAUUCUCCUCGCCGGUGACGACGAGGCCAAACGCGUAUCGAACAAUCAUUUUCGAAUCUACCUGACCGGCGAUGGCAUCAUUAUGCUUCAAGACACCUCUACCAACGGUACCAUCGUGGACAACUGUCGGCUUCGCAAAACGCAAAAGGAAAACAGCCGAAUGCUCACUAACGGCUCCGUCAUUCAAGUUGUAACCGGCAAUCAGGGCUCCGACGAGGUGCGCUUUGUGGUUCGAAUUCCGGCUCGUGAAGGGUUCGCGAUGCAGUACACACAGAAUGUUCUGCACUACUUCGAGCGUAUCCAACGUGCUGUCGUUGGUGCAGCCCAACACAAGACUCGGCAAUCUUCAAAUCCGCCCAUUAUCUCGUGGUCGGUCGCAAACACAUACGGAAUGCAUUGGACUGGUGGUGCGAUGUACAAUGUAACAGGACAGAUUGGAAAGGGAGCAUUCGCGACGGUCUACAAACUCGCGACAAAGCAACAUGGAGCAAUUUAUGCGGCAAAAGAAUUGGACAAGCAUCGAUUUAUGAAGAAGGGAAUUCUGGACCAGAAGGUCGACAACGAGAUGAAGAUUAUGCGUGACUUGACACAUCCUAAUAUCGUUCAAUACAUCGACUACCACGAACAUGACCGUUGGAUCUACAUCAUAAUGGAGUACGUGCCCAUGGGUGAAUUGUCGACGUAUCUGUCAUCACAGGGCAAGAUCCAGGAGGAUAUGGUGAGGACCAUCGCUCGCCAGCUUCUGCGAGCACUGCACUACCUGCACAAACGCCGCAUCACCCAUCGCGAUAUCAAACCAGAUAACAUUCUUAUUGCAUCGCUCGACCCACUUCGUGUGAAAUUGUCGGAUUUUGGACUGUCAAAAGUGACGCAGGAGGAGACUUUCCUCAAAACUUUCUGUGGUACCCUACUGUACUGUGCGCCUGAGGUGUAUCCCGACUACGAGACCUAUCGGCGAGGAGAUGCUCGGAAGAGACGCCGUGUUGGAGACCCCCAGGCUGUCGAUAUGUGGUCACUUGGUGCUGUUCUGUACCAUAUUCUCGCCGGAGUGCCACCAUAUUCUGGUCGUGCCGAAGACCGUGGUCAACACAUGCUUCGCUGUAUCAUGGAGACCGAGGCCGAUUAUGAUAUCUUGCGUCGGGAGGGUGUCUCGGAAUCUGGUAUUGAAUUCGUUGCCCAGCUUCUGAACCGAGAUCCCUUUUGUCGACCAACAGAGAGAGACUGCUUUCAGCAUCCGUGGAUUUCUGAGGUGGAAGAUGUGGAUCAGUAUGAAGAUGACGAUAUCUUGGCUGAAGUACGCGAAGGACUUUCUGUUAUUGGGGAGGAUGAAGAGCUAGACGCCUCUCAACUCUCUCUCGCAGAUGACCAGGGAUAUACUCACGCCGGGGAAGGUGAAGAGUCAAGCAGCAGUGAAGGUCUCGCCAAACGGCCCCGUCUGGAACAAAUCCCCACGGAAAUCAAGUAUCCUUCACUUCCCAACAUCGAAAGUUUCCAAGACGGUCAAGUUGUCGCCGAGCAGCACGCACGACGUCUUUUUGGCGAAGUCACCUCCUCUGCAUUGCGCAGCUCCUACGCACUCGGUCAACACGAUUCAUGGGCUGGAGUUGACUUUGAGGCGGAGGGCUUUGCAUCAUCCGGUGAGUCGAUGAGCGACGAAUACAGUGUCUAUUCCAUCGUUUCUCUCCCGGAAAAUCCCAUCGGUGGCACUGCACCCAGUCUCAUGGGUGCAGAAAACCUCGUUGGACGACUGAAUAUGAACUCUUCAAUUCCUCUCCUCCCCCGCCCGAGGGAGCCCGCCAAUCCAGGUAGCAACAGCACCCCGCGCGAAGGGGGCGCUCUCGCCAGCUCAGACAAUGCAGAGAUCACACCAAGGCCACCCAAGGUAUCUCGUCGCAUCGAGCUUGAUCUUCCCGACACCGCCAGCGAGCGUUCGAACAGUGCCAGUGCACCGGGUAGUCGCCGUGGAUCUACAAAGCCAACCGGACAGACAGGAUCAUCCUUCGACCCCGAACUUGCGACUACCCUGGACGCCCAGACUGGCCAGGCAAUCCUAGAUGCACAACUCCACGAACAAUUGCCCGCAACGGAGGCGCCAUCCGACAUCAUUAUUCAUCGACCCGAUACCCCAAUCAGUAUGCCCGGUGGUGAAUUCGCCAAACCAGCCAAACCACUCGGUCGACUCAAGAGUCUACCAGGCUCAAUCUUCGACCUCAACAUCCGCCUCGAAAACCGUCUCACAUCAUGGGGUCGGGGUCCCAACGCCACGAUCCGCCACGAAGAUCGCAUGGACGUACGAAUCCCCGCCUACGCCCUGGAAAUCACCUUCUGGGCCCCCGCAAUCGAAUGCAUGAUCGCCGAAGGCCGAGACUGGAUGGAUGUCGACGGCGUCAUGGCCGUUCUCUCCACCAAGACGCGGAAAUGUAUCUGGGUAAACGGCGUCGAGCUACGCAAGGAUGGACCGAACGGGUUCCAGUUUGGAAAAUUGUACAGUGGCGAUGUGAUUACGAUCUACAAACAUAAUGGGCAAUUCUUGGAUCUCCGGUGUGAGUUUUAUCACGGGGAGAGUGUUGAGACUCGUCCGGAGCAUGAGAAUGGAUUUGUGGUUCGACAAGCUCUGGUGCGGAAGUCGGAUGGGGCGACGAAUCGCAUGCCUGUGCCUGUGCUGUCGACGGACAAGAAGGAUGAGGAAUAA